UCUCGUCCCUCUCUCUCCCCUCCAUUUUUGGCCCCUCAAUUACCCUGUUCUCGGACCCAAAAAGGUGGCUCCUUUGGCCCGGAUUUUGGCUUAGAAUCGAGGAAAGGCGGAGUGGGGAGGAGGAAUACGCUUGAGAAAGCGAGAGAGAGAUUGGUGUUUGGGAUCUUGGUUUGAGGAGCCCAUGUCAUGAGAAAAGGGACGAGCUUUACUUGGUUUUGUUCCUCCUCCUCCUCCUCUUCUUCCUCUUCUUCUUCUUCCUCUUCUUCUUAUUCCGGGGUUUGAGUGUGUGUGUGUAUAUACAUAUACAUAUAUAUAUAUAUAGAUAUAGCUGUGUCCAUGGCCGGGAGCAACGAGGUUAACGCCAACGAGAGCAAGAUGGUGGUUCCCCUGAACACAUGGGUGCUGAUCUCCAACUUCAAAGUGGCCUACAACAUGCUGCGCCGGCCGGACGGCACCUUCGACCGGCACCUCGCCGAAUUCCUCGACCGCCGCGUCCCCGCCAACGCCCUCCCCACCAACGGCGUCGUCUCCUUCGACCUCCUCAUCGACCGCCCCACCAAUCUCCUAGCUCGCAUCUACCGCCCCGCCCCCAAUUCAAAUUCCAAUUCCAAUUCCAAUUCCAAUUCCAAUGAUGAUCAUGAUCCUCCUUCCUCCCUGCUGGCCCCCACCGCUCCGCUGCUCGCCGACCUCCACCGACCGCCGUCCCCCGACCCUUUCCCCGUCAUCAUCUUCUUCCACGGCGGCAGCUUCGCGCACUCCUCCUCCAACACCGCCAUCUACGACUCCCUCUGCCGCCGCUUCGUCUCGCUCUGCAAUGCCGUCGUCGUCUCCGUCAACUACCGCCGCGCGCCCGAGCACCGCUACCCCUGCGCGUACGAGGACGGCUGGGCCGCGCUCAGAUGGGCCGCCUCCGAGCCCUGGCUCCACAGCGGCAAGGACGCCGAGCUCCGCGUCUUCCUCUGCGGCGACAGCUCCGGCGGCAACAUCGCCCACCACGUCGCCGCUCGAGCGGGCGAGGCCGGAAUCCGCAUCUCCGGGAACAUCCUCCUCAACGCCAUGUUCGGCGGCAACCGCCGCACCGAGUCGGAGCAGCGGCUCGACGGCAAGUACUUCGUCACCGUCCAGGACCGCGACUGGUAUUGGAAGGCCUACCUGCCCGAAGGCGCCGACCGCGACCACCCCGCCUGCAAUGUGUUCGGCCCCAGCAGCGUGCGGCUCGACCGCCUCCCCUUCCCCAAGAGCCUCGUCAUCGUCUCCGGCUUGGAUCUCACCAGCGACUGGCAGCUCGCCUACGCCCAGGGCCUCAGGGACGCCGGCCACCACGUGAAGCUCGUUUACCGCGAGCAGGCCACCGUUGGGUUCUAUUUGUUGCCCAACACUGACCAUUUCUACGAAGUCAUGGAGGAGAUCAAGAACUUCGUCGGCUCUAACUGUUAGCAGGCGCGCACCCGCACCGCACCGCACCCCGCCAAAAAACAAAACCAAAAAAAAAAAAAAAAAAAACAUAUACUGCACUACUACUCCAUUCGAUCCAUUCGAUACCUUCUUCUUCUUCUUCUUCUUCUUCUUCUUUUACCUACACAUAUACUUCUCCUAUAGAUAAUAUCUAAAGCUUGACUUAUACUGGCUUUGCCUGCGAUCCGGGAGCAGAGGAGUUCAUCGGUCGCGGGCGCAGCGGUGUGCGCCCGCGCAGCGAGUCGUCGAUUUUAAUGUAGUGUGACUCCCGGUAGAAGCUGCUCGGGUGGGAUGAAUUUGCGAGCAAAUGACUGCUGCAGUAAGAAGCUUCGUGUGUGUUCGGGUUCUGAUCACAGGUAACUUGGUCUCUUCGGAGGAAUCAAUCAAUUCAUCGGGGCGGCGGGUCGAUCCGGAAAACGGCGUCGGAUUAUAGGUGACUUACAAUAUAUAUAUAUAUAUAUAUAUGCGGAAGAAGAAGAAGAAGCAAUAUUUGCUCUUUGCUGAUGUUCUUUUCAGUGAAAGUAUCCUUCUUGCACCAUGUGUAUGUAUUAUAGUGAGGUGAGAGAAGAUGAUUUAACUAAUGCUCUGUAAUUUGUGUUGAUUACUAUACCCCCUGAUGCUAUUGUGAAUUAGUAUAUUUGGUAUCACCAAUGAGAUUAUUAGUAACAUAAAAAAGAUGCUCCCUCCCCGCCUCCCUCUUUUUCUUCUUAAAUUUUUGUCAUCCUUAUGGUAUACUCUGAUACACUGUAACUGUUUCUGAAUGUGAUCUUAAAUCUAAUGCGUUGCUGAA